AUGUCCUCAGAAAAAAUUCGUAAAAGACCAGUAGUCAACAAAGAAAUAAAACAUAAAGAUGAAUUUAUAAAAAUUUUUGAUGAUAAAAAAAUAAAAACUUUAUCAUUAAUCAUUCCAUCAAUACUCACAUUAUUGUCAUUUAUUACAAGAUUUUAUAAAAUUUAUCAUCCAAAUAGUGUUGUAUUUGAUGAGGUUCAUUUUGGUAAAUUCGCAAGUUAUUAUCUUCGUAGAACUUAUUAUUUUGAUGUUCACCCACCUCUUGGAAAAUUAAUGAUCGCUGGAAUGGCUUAUCUCUUGAAUUAUGAUGGUCAUUUUUUAUUUGAUCAUAUUGGUGAUGAUUAUUUAGAAAAUAAUGUGCCUUAUAUUGGACUAAGAGCGCUGACUGCUACAUUUGGAGCUUUUUAUGUUCCUUUAGUUUAUUUCAUAAUGAUGGAAUCUGGUUAUAAUAUAUUUACUGCAAUACUAGCAGCUGUGCUAAUUCUUUUUGAUAAUCUAUUGAUUUGUCAAACACGCUUGAUUCUUCUUGAUUCGAUGUUGUCAUUUUUCAUGUUGUGUACAUUUUAUUCCUAUAUUAAAUUUUAUAAAUACCGAUACAGAGAAUUUUGUAAUGAAUGGUGGUUUUGGUUAAUUACAACUGGUAUUUCUCUGGGAUCAAUGUCAAGUGUAAAGAUGGUUGGUUUAUUUACAUUCAUUACAAUUGGUAUUAUGGUAAUAAUUGAUUUAUGGAGAUUAUGGGAUAUCAAAACUGGUUUAUCAUUAAAACGAUUUAAUAAACAUUUUCUGGGUCGUAUAUUUGGAUUAAUAAUUGUUCCUAUUUGCGUUUAUUUAUUUUGGUUUUAUAUUCAUUUUGCAAUACUAAAUACCACCGGUCCUGGUGAUAAAUACAUGAGCCCAGAAUUUCAACAAACGCUACAUGGCAACAUAUUAUUAAAGGAAAGCCAGCCAAUAUAUUACAAUGAUACUAUUGUUUUAAAGCAUAAAGAUACAAAAGUUUUUCUACACUCGCAUAUUCAUCAUUAUCCAAGAAAAUAUGAUGAUGGACGUGUGAGUAGUGCAGGUCAACAAGUAACAGCAUAUCGCUAUCAAGAUAAAAAUAAUCAUUGGAGGAUCUUACAACCACCACUGUCAUUGUUACACCAUUUCUCAUUGUCAUCAUUCAAUAAUAAAAAUUCUUCAUCACCACUAUCAUCAAAUAAUAGUUUGAUUAAAAAUAAAGAUUUUAUUAUGUUAGAGCAUGUGAAUACCGAUACACUGUUAUUGACUCAUGAUGUGGCAAGUCCAUUAUUGCGCACAAAUCAAGAAUUCACCACCAUAGAUAUCGCGACCACAGACAAUUAUGAUAGAUUGGAUGAAACCAUAUUUCAAGUUUUUAUUGAGAAUGGCGACGAAAAUACCUUUUGGAAAACUAAAGCAAGUUAUAUUAAAUUGGUGCAUUGGAGAACUAAAGUAGCACUUUGGACUCAUGAUUCUAGAUUACCAGAAUGGGCAUUUAAUCAACAAGAAGUUAAUGGAAAUAGAAUUAUUACCGAUGAUUCAAACAUCUGGGUGGCUGAUCAAUUAAUUGGUAAAAAUGUAACAGGACUAUCAGAAACAAAAGAACCAAUAGACAAUGUCCCAUUUCUAAAAAAAUUUAUUGAAUUACAAUCAUUAAUGAUUAAACGCAAUUCCAGAAACACAAAACCCCAUUCAUAUCAAAGCUCACCAAGCAGUUGGUUAUUCUUAUCCAAAGGUAUAUUAUUUUGGAAAAAUAUUGAGGAAAAACAACAAAUUUACUUAUUGGGCAAUCCAAUCAGUUGGGCUUUAUCUAUGUUUGGCAUAGAUUAG